UUUAGUUAGGGGUGGUCACCUCGUCUUCUCCGAUUCGUGCUUGUAGAGCAGGAGCUGUUAGAGUUGCUGUUCUUUUCUUUCUUUGCCUUCUGCAUUCCUGCUUGUUUCCUGCCUUGCCUUUUGUUUCCCUCAUUUCGAUCGGGUUCUUGGAUUGCGCGGUUCUUUUGGUACGAUCUUUCGCGGCUGCGGCGGCGGUGGCGGAUUUGGUUCGUGCGAAAUCGAUGGUGCUUUACUCAUUUCGAUCGGAUCGUUGCUUGUGACCUUGUAAGUGCUGCGGGUGGCACGUCUCUGCUCGGGUUAGGCCGCGAACGGUCGUGCGGGAGUUGGUGAGCUCGGGUUGUCGUCUUUGUCUUCGGCUUUUUUCAUGGUUGGUUGCUGGGUUAUGUGUUGGUGUUGAUCCUUGCGUUUGAUAGCUAGAAGCUUGUUCAUCACGGCCAGUGAGCUCGAUCAAAUUAAAUCUUUGAAAACUUUAUUUGAUCGACCGCAUCUUAGCCUUUUCAGUUUGUUCUUUGAGCACCUUUGCAUGAUUAGACUUCAAUUGUUUUCUUUCGCUAUCGGAUUUGUGUGUAUCUGGUAAGCUUUGGUGGAAGAUGGAGAGAUUAACUGAUUAUUAAUACCACAAUGUUUACUUUACUUGAAAAUUGGAUUCUAGUUGUUGCCUUUUCUCUGUAUCCUUCGUCGUCCAGUCACCAGUCUAUAAAGAAAAUCCAUUAUUUAUGGCAUUGAACUGCUGGAUCCUGCUUUGACUAGGACCGAUAUCUGAGGUAGUUGUGCAAUAUGGAAGUUGAUCAGGCUGCGGCAGUAAGCGCUCCGGAGACGACUGGUCUCAAGUUGCCUGAUAAGACACCGGUACAUGCUGAUGAAAAGGAAAAUCUACUAAAUGGGACUUUAAAUCUGCAAAUGAAGGAAGCACAGAAUAAUGAAAAUGAUGGAGCAGGAUCCGAUGGAUUUGAGCUGAUAGAUGUGAAGGGAAACUUUGAUUCGGCAAAACCUGAAGAAGAAAUAGCAGCUCCAAGAGAUACAACAGAUGAUGUCUCACCUGUUGCAAAGGAAAGUUGUAUAGAGGAAGAAAAAUCAACAGCACUUGAACAAACACUUGCAGGUAACCAUCCAGAGUCAUCCAUGUUGAAGCAACAAACAAAACAAUUGCAAGAACUUACAAGGCGUAUUGAAGAGCUCGAAUUUGAAAAGGAAACACUAGUAAAGGAUUUGACAGAAGCAGAAAAUAAGCAGAGCCUGCACUACAAUUCCUUACAAGAAGCACAAAGUUCUCUCACUAUGAAAGAUAAGGAGCUGGCUGAAGCAACACAGACAUUGAAGGAUCUGGGGUCUGAGCUUGAAAGCUCAAAAAAGAGGAUUCAAGAAAUUGAAGCCGAAUUAGAUUCAUCAGCAGAUAAGCUCCGCAAACUUGAAGAGUUGAAGGAUGAAAGAAGCUUGCAUGCUGCACAGGAGGCGAAGAGGGCCUCAGAACUUGAUAAGAUGCUUGAAAUGGCACAAUCAAACAUGAAAGAGAUGGAAAAACAUAUUAGUAGUCUUCAAGAGGAGAUAAAGGGACAUGAAGAUAAGGCCACAGACCAUCAGCAAGUAGAAGAAUCAUUUAGAAGUACGAUAUCAGAACUCAAGGUGGUACAAGAGGCACUGGAGUUGUCAAAGUCACAAGUUGCUGGUUUGGAGCAGAAGCUUGCCUCUCAGGAUGCUGGCAUCAGUAAACUAACUGAAGAGUUGAAUCUCCAUUGUUCAUCUGAACAAUCUCUUAAAGAGAAGAGUCUUAAACUAGAGAAUGAACUUGCUACAGUGCAUGAAGAUCUACAAGCAAAGCUUUUGAAUUUGCAUGAAAUGGAGACAAAACUCGAUGAGCAGGCAAAAGAAAGACAGACAAGUGAAGAUACACUAGAGAAGCAAAAUGAGCAGAUACUCAACUUGCAGACUGGGCUAGACAAAUUGAAGUAUGAAAAUGAAAUUCUCCAAGGGACUGUUGCUGAUCUUAAUUCAAAACUUACAGAAAAAGACUCCCUGCUGAGUCAGGCUGAAGAUGAGCUUGCUAAAGCACAGUUGCUCCUCUCAGAAGCACUGUCACAUAAAGAAGAAUUGGAGGUAAAUCUGAAAUCUCUCAGUGAGCAGCAUGGUGAGUCCAAAGCUUUUGCAGAAAAUGCAAACCAAAAGAUUCUUGAACUUGAAGCACAAAUCCAGGCAAUGUGUGCAGCUGAAGAGGCUGUCAAGUCACAGCUGAAAGAAGCUGGGGCAAGUGUGGAAACUGCAGAGAAGAAAAGUUCGGACCUUCAGCAACAACUCAGCGACAUUGAGAAUAAAUUAGUAGCAUCAAGUGAAGAAAUAGAGUUGCUGAAAGAGCGCGUUCAACAAGAAGAGGCUUUGUCAGCAGAAAAAGGAAUACAGCUGGAAGAAGCAGUGGCCAGUGUAGAGGGAUACAAAGAAAAAAUCAGUGAGUUGCAAUUGUCCCUAGAUUCUUCGAUAUCCAAAAAUCAGCUACUUGAACAAGAAGUCAAGGACCUGACUGUCAAAUGCUCAGAGCAUCAAGAACAAGCUCAUUCAGUUCGGCAAAGAAGUCUUGAGCUGGAGGAUUUGCUUCACACAUCAAAGUCAGAUGCUGAAGGUGCAUACUCCCGGACUCAGGAGCUGGAGCAGGAGCUGAACAGCACAUAUGAAAAGUUCAAGGGGGUUAAAGAAGUACUUGAGCAGUACAGAAGCAAGGUUUCACAACUUUCCGAUGAUUUAGUAGCUUACCAGACAAAAGCAGCUAGUCUUGAAGCUGUGAUGGAAGUGUCAAGCGAGAAAGAGAAAGAGCUUAUGGAGUCGUUGAGCCAGCUAACAGAAGAAAAGAAGAAACUUGAAGAACUAACAGCAGAGUAUGAAGCUAAACUUCAAGAAAACUUAAAGGAAAAACAAUCUUUUAAAGAGAGUUUGCAGAGCCAAGAAUCGAAGGUGGUGGAUCUACAAGAAGAGUUAAUGAAAUUGAGAGAAGAAAAAGAACACCAUGAAAACACCAUUGCUGAUCUUAACCUGCAGCUCUCCAAUAAGAAUGACAUAUACAGUCAACUCGAGUCCCAGUUAAGCCAGGCUGGUGAUGAUCAUAGCAAAACAAGAUCACUUCUCUCCGACGCACAAUCACACAAAGAGGAACUGGAGCUAAAUCUGAGAUCUCUUAAUGACCUUCACACUGCAUCCAAAACAGCUGCAGAGUCUGCAAUGCAGAGGAUAGCAGAGCUUGAAUCUCAACUUCAGGAAUUAACUGCUUCUGAACAGAGUUUGAAGCUGCAGCUUACCGAAUUUGAGUCAAAGUUAACAUCUGCUGAGAAGAAGAGCACAGAUCUCGAGAAAGAGCUUAAAGAUGCUACAUCAGAGUGCAGUAAUUGUCAUGUGAAGAUUGAUGAACUUUCUGGGGAGUUUGAAGCAUACAAGGAGAAAUCAACUUAUCUUGAGACUUCAUUAGCAGAAACAAAACAAACAGAGAUUGAAUUGUCAGAGAAGUUGGCUCAAGUUAAUGAAGAAAAGGAGAAUUUUGAAGAACUGUCAAAGAAAACAACCAUAAAGCAUUUGGAAGCGGAGAAGCAGGUCCAAACUUUACAGGAUGAACUAGAAUCUGCCCGAGGUAAACUGGAAGAGGUGGAAAAUGAACUCCAGUCUCUGGGUAUUAGAGAAAGCUCGGUGCUUGAGAAGCUUAAAUCUGCAGAGGAACAGCUGGAGAACAAAGGGAUAGCUCUAGAACAUGCCACUUCCAAGAAAAUAGACCUGGAAGCUCUGUAUCAGUCUUUACUUGAAGAUACAGAGAUGAAGCUUCAACACGCAGCAGACAACUUAACUCAGAAGGAGACUGAGUGCCAGCUACUGUAUGAAAAGUUAAAGUUAGCCGAAGAACAAGCAGCAUCUUAUCAAUCAAAAGCAGCUGCAGCCACUGAAGAGGUGGAGUCCAUGAAGGUGGAGCUCGAAGCAUUUGAAAUGGAGAUUUCUACUCAUGAGGCCACCAUUGAAGAACUCAAGACCAAGGUCUCCAAUGUUGAGUCAAAGGCGGAACAUGCGUUGGCUGAGCUUGCGAUGGUGAGUGGAAUAAAUCAGGCACUGAAAGAGGAACUCGAUGCUAAGCUGGCAAUGCUUCAUGGAGUUCAGGAACAGCUCAAUUCUACUCAUGCUGAAAAGGAAGAAGCUGCCGCAAAACUAGCUGAGCAUGAAAGAACAGUAGUACAUUUGAGUGAGAUGCACAGUAGAGGAUUAGAACUCCAAUCUGCAGCUGAAUUAAGGAAUGCAGAAAUUGAAGCUCAAAUGCGCGAAGCUCUUGAGACAGUAGGACAAAAAGAGUCUGAGGUGAAAAACUUGAAUGAGAAGCUGGUUGCACUUGAGUCCGAGAUCGAAAGUUUGAUGCAUGUAAAUGAAGCCUUGAAACAGGAAAUUAAUGCUAAGCUGAUCAUGGUUGACGAGUUGCAGGAGAAGUGUAGUUCUGUACAUUCUGAGAAAGAAGAAGUUGCUGAAAAGUUGGCUGUUCAUGAGAGAACAAUAGAACAUUUGACUGAAGAGCAUUCAAGAGGCUUGGAGCUGCGAUCUGCAGCUGAAUCAAGGAAUGCCGAAAUGGAGAGUGAAUUGCGUGAAGUUCUUGAGAAGAUAGCACACAGGGAAACCAAAGUUAUGAACUUGAAGGAGAAGCUAGCUUCGCUUGAAACUGAGAAUGAAAAGCUAGCUGAUAUGAAUGUGGUGUUAAAAGGGGAAGUUGAUGAUAAACUGGCCAUGAUUGAUGAGCUACAGGAACGGUUUAGCUCUACUCAUGCUGAGAAGGAAGAAGCUGCAGAGAAACUAGCUGAAGUUCUUGAGAAGAUAGCACACAAAGAAAGUGAAAUUACAAACUUCAAGGAGAAGCUGACUUUACUCGAAGCUGAGAAUGGAAAGCUGGCUGGUAUGAAUGAGGAGUUAAAAGGGGAAGUGGAUGCUAAACUGGCCAUGUUUGAUGAGCUACAGGAACAGUUUAGCUCUACUCAUGCUGAAAAAGAAGAAGCUGCGGAGAAGCUAGCUGUUCAUGAGAGGACAAUCUCACACCUGACAGAGGUGCACACAAGGAGCUUGCAGCUCCAUUCUGCAGCUGAAUCAAAGAAUGAAGAAAUUGAAGCUCAGCUCCGUGAAGCGCUUGAGACGAUAGCACGGAAAGAAGCUGAAGUUAAAGACCUGAGUGAGAAGCUGGAUGCUCUGGAAAUUGAGUUGGGGUAUUACGAGGAGCAGGCAACUGAAGCUGCUGCCACUGAAGCAAAUCAUAAGGUUAAAUUUGAAGAAGCUGUGCAGAAAAUAAGGAUCCUGGAGGAGCAACAUGUGGAAGCACAAAACAAGGUUGAGCAUUUCCUUACAGAGGAGGAAAGCUUGACUCUUGAAAAUAGUAGCUUGAAUGUGGAGCUGGAAGUAAAUCAGAACAAGCUGAAUGAAUUACAACUUGCAUUUGCUGCGGUAGUAGCAGAAAAAGAGGCGGCAUCUGAAGAUAUUCAUUCAUUGCGUAAAACACUAGAUGGAAUGAUUGAGCGCAAAGAAGAAUUGGAAAUCCAGGUAUCUUCUACUUUGGACGAGCAUGAAGAACUGAAGAGCAAGUACCAAAAUACACUGGAAGAGAAGCAGAUAUUGAAUGAUAAAUAUGAAACUGCAAAGAAAGAGCUUGACGAAGCAAUAGCCAAGUUGGAGGAGAAAAUGAAUGUAGACAAAUCAGAAAAAGAGUUGCACAUCUCAAAACUGGAGAGACAGAUUACAUUAUCUGAGAUAAAGUACAUGGAGGAGAUCAAGACCAUGCAGGUGGAAACAACUGAAAAGGAUGAAGCACUAACAGCCAAGAUGCAGGAACAUGCAAACCUACUGCAUGAGAAAGAUGAAUUGGAACAACAGUUGCUGGAAGUUAGAAAGGAACUGGAUGAUGCUUACCAUACCAUUGCAAAUCAGGAAGAGCAAGCUUCGGUGAGGGAGAUAAAGUGGGAUGCAUAUAGUAAGUAUUCAGAGGAUCAAUUGGAAGCUGAGCAGCAGUGUGCUGCAGAGCUGGAACAACAAGUGUCAGCUCUUAAACAACAGCUCCAAGAAGCUCAGAUCCAUUACAAGCAAAAGGAAGAACAAGUUUCUCAAAGGGAGGUUCAAUGGGAAGCAGAACAAAAUCAUUCAUUGGAUGAACUGGAAGUUCAGCGUCAGUAUGCCGCAGACUUAGAGAAACAAAACCAAGCUCUUACACAAAAGUUACAAUUAGCCGAAGCACACUACGAGCAGAAGGUCACGGAAGAGAGGGAUAAACUUGCUGAGGUUACUGCAGAGUUCAAGAAGUUGACACAAAAACUUAGCAGGAGCGUUGAAAUGGAGAAGAAGGUCCAGGACCUUGAACAGGAGCUGCAGCUAGCUUAUUCCAAAUCUGAGGAACAGGCAAAUGAUGCUGUGGUGUCAAGAUCCCGAGAAUUCAGCCUGGGUUCAUCAACACUGUCAAACAAACAACACGACAGAUCUCAGGCUCCCAACACAGCCUCUCCAAACCCAACUCAGCAAGAAAUUCAAGAACCUUCUGGCAUCAUGGCCUUCAAAUUCAUCCUGGGAGUUGCCCUGUUGUCCAUACUCAUUGGCGUAUUUCUCGGAAAGCGCUACUAAUGCUGCUUUUGUGACAGUCUCUUGGUGGCCAUGGGAAAUCCCAUUGUUAAUAUUGCUUUCAAUGAACCUCAGUUAGUUAGCCAAAGUUUGAGAAAAUUGGUGCCCGUCAUUGGAAUGGAUCAAUGACUUUUAGGGAGAAGUCGGAGGUCUUGAAUUUUUUUUCUCCUCUUGUUGAGUUUUUCCUUCAGUUUCUUUUUUGGUAAAGGGGUUAGGAAUUUGAUUUUUGUUCAUUCCUACCCUUUGCAUGCCAAAGGCCAUUUUGCAUGCAACUGGUUUUGCCGUCAGGAAGUUUUCAUUUGCGUUUCUCUGUAAAAAAACAGAAGUGCAGGGACUCAAAUGUGAAAGCAUGAAGCCUUUGCUAAUAUGUUCAUAUUUUCAUAUGGAGAGUGCAAGUUCUGUUAUCAUGUACAAAUACAUUCA